AUGGCGCCAACUGAGCAGCUAAACCGGCUUCAUACCCAUGACUUAGAGCUGGGAACCACUGAUGCCGUCCAAAAACACAUCACCCGUAAUGUUGUCCCCCCAAGACGCGUAUCGCAGCGCCGACUCGACUUUGAGCACCGGCGUCCUCGCUGGGUGCGCGAGUGCAUAGCUGAAGCCACUGGAGUCUUCAUGUAUGUGCUGCCCGGCAUUGGCGCCAUCGCCUCCUUCACAGUCAAUGCCACAAACCCCGUCGGCUCCACUGCCUUUGGCAGUCUAUUCUCCAUUGGCUUUGCCUUUGCAUUGGGUAUCGCCUUUGCCAUCAUCACUUGUGCGCCGACCUCGGGUGGCCACUUCAGUCCGGCUGUUACCAUCUGCCUCUGUAUUUGGCAAGGCUUCCCUCUCAAGAAGGUCCCGCACUACAUCUUAAGUCAGCUUUUCGGAGGUUUCAUCGCUGCUCUGGUGCUCAUGGGCAUCUACCACCAGCAACUCGAAGAGAUGAAGGAAGUGUUGCUUGCUGCCGGCAAACCUCUAGUGGCCAAUGGCGCUCCGGCGAGCGUGUUAUGUUCGUUUCCCAACCCCGGCCAAUCAAUGGGAUAUGUAUUCAUGACCGAAUUCUUCUGUGAUUGCUUCGUCGGUCUUAUCAUCUGGGCCUGCCUCGACCCCGCUAAUCCCUUCGUCUCCCCAUCUCUCGCCCCUCUUCUCAUUGGACUGGCUUAUGGUGCCAUGGCAUGGGCUUUUGGAGCUAACACGCUCACCAUGAACAUGGCUCGAGACUUUGGUCCCAGAGUCGUUGCCGCUAUCUUCUAUGGCAGGGAAGCUUUCUCUUAUAUGAAUUACGCUGCUAUUGGAAUCUUUACCAGUAUUCCAGCCACACUGAUCUCCAGUGCCUUUUAUGAGUUUGUUAUGCGAGACAGCUUGAGCGUCAUUGGAACCGGCCAUGCCGUUCAUGCGGACGGAGAUGAGGCUUUGGUGCGGCACAUUACUAGAACUACUACUGUCGAGGGUAUGGAGGAGAGGUCAGGCGAAUAUAAAUCUUAA